AGCAAUUGCAUAAAACCAUGUUCACCAGAAAGUUAAUUCUCUGAAGGCUAUUGAGAAGAAAAUAAUUCUUGAUCUCCACCACUGGGAAGCUCCCACAGCUGACGUCCGGCGACCAUCACUCUCUGGGCCCCGUGGUCCAUAAUGAGUGACAAACAGGACUCCAACUCUUCAGCAGCCUGGCAUCACACUUGGAGUGUUAAUGACACAAAGCAGUAUCGUUCCUCAGACAUAAAUAUUACCUUUGUGAACUACUAUCUUCACCAGCCUCAAGUGGCGGCAGUCUUCAUUAUUUCCUACUUUCUGAUCUUCUUCCUGUGCAUGGUGGGAAACACGGUGGUUUGUUUUAUUGUAAUGAGGAACAAACAUAUGCAUACAGUCACUAAUCUCUUCAUCUUGAACCUAGCAAUAAGUGAUUUACUAGUUGGAAUAUUCUGUAUGCCCAUCACGUUGCUGGACAAUAUCAUAGCAGGAUGGCCAUUUGGAAGCACAAUGUGCAAGAUCAGUGGCUUGGUCCAGGGAAUAUCAGUUGCAGCUUCAGUUUUUACGUUAGUUGCAAUAGCAGUGGAUAGGUUCCGGUGUGUCAUUUACCCUUUUAAGCCAAAGCUCACUAUUAACACAGCGUUUGCCAUUAUUGUGAUCAUCUGGGUCCUGGCCAUCACCAUUAUGUCUCCAUCUGCAAUCAUGUUACACAUAGAGGAAGAAAAAUACUACCGAGUGAAACUCAGCUCCCAGAACGAAACCAGCCCUGUCUACUGGUGCCGCGAAGACUGGCCGAACCAGGAGAUGAGAAAGAUCUAUACCACUGUGCUGUUUGCCAACAUCUACCUGGCCCCCCUGGCCCUCAUUGUCAUCAUGUAUGGCAGGAUUGGGCUCUCACUCUGCAAGACAGUGCCCCACAUGGGCAAACAUGGCCAGGAGCAGUGGCACAUUGCCAAGAAGAAGCAGAAGGUGAUUAAGAUGCUGCUGAUAGUGGCCCUGCUUUUCAUUCUCUCCUGGUUGCCCUUGUGGACGCUGAUGAUGCUCUCAGACUACGCUGACCUGUCUUCAAAUGAGCUGCGGGUCGUCAACAUCUACAUCUACCCUUUUGCACACUGGCUGGCCUUUUGCAACAGCAGCGUCAACCCCAUCAUUUAUGGCUUCUUCAAUGAGAAUUUUCACCGAGGCUUCCAAGAUGCUUUUCAUCUGCAGCUCUGUAAAAAAAGAGCAAAGCCUAAGGAAAUCUAUGUCUUAAGAGCUAAAAGCAAUGUGGUCAUAAGUUCAGCUCAUCAGUUGCCCCACAAAACUACAUUUCAAGACUAGCAUGGGGAAAAUUUGCUUUAGAAGAAAAGUGCUGAAAACGCCAAACAGGAAGUAAUGUUGAAAGAAGUAGAAGCU